CAGUAACUCAAACUCUCUGUAUUGACAAAAUGAGCUCCCAAUUACCAGGUAAGCUGCGUUUCACGGGGGUUCUUGGCGGAGGCUUUGGUGUGUUUUGUCCGCCAAGUUGCCUCGAAAGGCACACAUUCUCUAACAGUGCGGACAUUUAUUCAUCUAUGCACUUUAAUCACUCGAAAGCCGCAUAACGACGCUUGAUCAGACCCCACACUGCCGAUUGACGGGCCGGCAGACAAUUCGAUUCCGCGCGCUCCAGCGAUCCAGCGACCCAGCGACGAGCACCUCGACGGCGUCAACCUUCAACCUAACAACGGCAGGCAGGCAGGAAUCAGUCACCAUGUCGAACCUCUUCCGGUCGCUCGCAUCCUCGAUGCGCGCGCUUUCCCUCGCGGCCCCUCGCGCGACUGCCGUUAACACCACUAAGACCGUUGUCUCGACACACCAGACACGAUGCCUCUCCCAGGCUCUCCUCUCCCGCCACGUCUGCACGCCCAUGUGCUCCCAUAACAGACCCGUCGCCGUCUCCCAAAGCGCCAAGAACGGCCUGCAGUCCAAGCAGCAAUCGAGGGGCAUGAAGGUUCACUCCGCUAUCAAGAAGCGUUGCGAGCAUUGCAAGGUCGUGCGUCGCAAGGCCAACAAGAGGCAAAACGGCUACCUCUACAUCAUCUGCCCUGCGAAUCCCAGACACAAGCAGCGCCAGGGCUACAGGUGAACAUGACGAUAACGAUAUCGACGAUGGAGAGACACAUGGUGUGUACGAUGAGCGCUGGACAACGGGCUUAGUCUUGUGGUUAUUUUCGGGUCUACAUAAAAGGGUUGGACUGUACGAUACGUUAGGCGAAAGGACGAUCUUGAAAAAUGAGCGCCGACUCACAUGCCGAUACGGAGACGUGUACGUCAGCUCUGAGGUUCAACGAGCAUUUUUCGUCGCCCAGAAUGAGGAAUUGCCCAACAUAGGCGGACCCAGCAGCGGCCUGGUCGUCUAAAUUGAUACCAGG